UUUUCAUAUUUUUGGACAUUUUUCUUUCAGGUGCGUUUGCAAGGUGGAUUUACUUCGAGUCCAUCCACGCGAGAUACAGAGGUUAUACUUCAUAACCAGUUAUCCAGACUGGCUGCUUCCCCUGUCCUUGUAGCACCUCAACCUCAGACGUCUGAGCUUCAACUACAGUCUGGCACAUCUGAAAGAACACAGAGACCACAACCAAGAUCCAUCAAUGUCUUAAGGGAUACUUCCGCUGUCAAUGUAGAUGCAUUUAACUUUUCCGUUAAUUGUAUACAAUUAGCGACUGACGACGAAUAUUAUACAAAGGAAAGAACAAGAAGAAGAACAUAUCCACCAGUAGGCAAAUUGAGAGAAAUAAAACUACAGCAAAGCAAGGCCAAAGAACCUGAAGAACGUAGAACUUCUGUUGAUUUGCCCCGGAAGCAGAUCUCUAUAACAAAGUCUAGCGUAGACAGGAAGGUGGCUCAAGGCAAAAAUGCAGAAAAGGAUAUGGAGCAGACACAGAAUAGAACAACCCCCAGCAAUUGGAAUGGUUCCUUCAUUACCUGGCAAACAUCCCCGUUGACAAGUCCCCCAUCAGUCUACAUUUUCAACACGGUUCUAGGCGCGAUUUUGUUCUAUUUUUGUGUCCGGGAAGUAGUUUUAUAUGGGGAGUGGUGCUAAACUCACUGACCAAGAAAUAGUUCAUUCUUGUUCUCAAUAUUCUAUAACACAUUGAGUAAUGCCAGUCUUACUGGCUACUUUCUGUUUGCUAUAAAAAUAUGGCUAAUGUCAGCCAUGGCCUUGCAGUGACAAAAUGUUGAUAUAUAGUAUAUAGAGAUUAACAGUCUUUCGUUCUACUGACCAGAUAUAAGGAUGUAUGGCUGGUGGCUACUGGAGUUUGAAAUAUAAGUAUUGUUUGCGUUAUUGAA